AUGAACAGUCACAAAGAACACGAGCAUGUGCAAAGAACAUCGCUGCACAGGAUUUUUUCAAAACAGAUGAGUUCGGAUGAUCCAACAUAUCUUAAUGCAUGUGAACUUAAAAAGCAUUGCUACAAUGGAUUUUCUGAUGUAUUACUCAGGCCGAUGUACUGGAAGGUAUUUCUGGAUCAUUAUAGUAGGAAUAAGUUCAGAUCUGAGCUUUUCUCACGUAAAAGAAGAGAAUUAUAUGAAGCGUACGCAGCAAAAAUCUGUCACAAUGGUAAAAGUAUGCAUAAGCAUUAUGAAUUGAUUGAGAAUGACGUCAAAAGAACAUUUGUCAGGCCAAGAGUGCACAGAGUAAAUGCACAAUCGUAUACUAGAUCAUGUGACUUUCUGGAUGCCCAAUCACUAGAUCCAGGAAUAAAUCACAGAAGCGCAAUCAAGAGAAUCCUUAUGUGCUACUCAAUUGCGAAUUCAUCAAUAAGGUACGUGCAGGGAAUGAAUUUUGUUGUAUCUGUUGUUUACUAUGUGAUGAGUGCCUCUAAUGACACUGGAAGCAGGAGAGACAUUGAGCCUGACACGUUUUUCUGUUUCAACAGUCUGAUGGCAGAGAUCGGAGACAACUUCACAGAGGACCUGGACCUUAACAAUGCAGGAAUAUCAUACAGAAUUCACAAGGUUGCCAUUAUUUUAAAAAUGGCUGAUUCUGAGCUAUACAGUGCCAUGGAAAGCAAAGGGCUAAGUGAUUGUGUGUUCUGUAUGAGAUGGAUUUUGGUUAUGUUUGCAUCUUGCUUUGAGAUUGAUGAUGUUGUGUGGCUGUGGGACAGGCUGCUAAGCGAUGCAUCAAGAUUUGAUAUAGUGCUGUACUGCUGUGCAUCUGCAAUAAUCCUGAUGAGAAACAUAAUAAUCAACAAUGACUUUGACAGGUGCAUGCAAGUGCUUCAGGAUCUCUCAGCCGUUGAUGUUAAGAUAAUGUUCUACAUGGCUGAUGGUUUAAGAAAGAAGCAUUUUGAGAAUGUGUAG